UAUUUCCACAUGAUGACCGCCAUUGACAACACAGAGAGAGAGACAGCAGAGUGAGGGAGACAGAGAGCAGAGAGAGAUGGAGGUGGGUAUAGAAUAUGGAGAAGAGAAUCCCGUCCUCGUCAGAGCAGAGCCCUUUUAGCUCAGCACUCCCCAGCUUUUUCUGUCUACCUUUUACUUUGUUCAAUGAUUCAUGUAUUCCUCUACCUUAUACCUUCUCAUGUACCCGAACCCUCUUUUACUGUUCCCUCUCACCUUCAGAAAAAUCCCGACUUUAUCAGUUUGAUCACCACCGCAAUACAGAAUAAGCUACCCUUUCACUAUCCCCAACCAUCCCACCUCUUUGUUAACCCCCCCCAACCUCACAAACACAGACCCAAGAAGUCGACAGCUAGGUAUGUACAAGGCCUGACAUGGAGGAGUUCAAGUAUGAAGACCUGGUCAAAGCGACAGAGAGCUUCUCCUCAAGCAGGCUCAUUGGAAAAGGCAGCCAUGGAUGCGUCUACAAAGGUGUUCUCAGUGAAGACCGAGUGAUCGCCGUCAAAACACUGUCUCUUGCCCUUCGAGCCCUCCACGACAACUCCAAGCUCAACAACGAGACUCGCGUAUUAUUAUCACUUGCUGAGCCUGACAACUCUUCUUCUUCUUCUUCUUCUUCUGAUCAUGUGAUAAAGCUUCUAGGAACCAGCCAGGACCCUUCACAGAACAAGCUCCUGGUCAUGGAGUUCAUGCCCAAUGGCUCUCUCCACGACUUGCUUCAUCCUCCCACUAAUGAUGCCCCACCGCCAACUUGGCCCGCCCGUUUGAGGACCGCUCUCCAGGUGGCACGUGCGCUCCAAUCCCUUCACGACAGGAAGCCCUUCAUCAUCCACAGGGACAUCAAGUCCGCCAAUGUCCUGUUCGAUUCGGACUGGAACGCCAAGUUGGCUGAUUUCGGGCUCGCCGUGAUGGACGGCGAUGACCGACUCGACUCGCCGGCCGGUACUAUCGGGUACUUGGACCCCAAUUACACCUGUCCCAGCAAGUUGAGCCGCAAAAAUGAUGUCUUCAGUUUCGGGGUUAUGUUGUUGGAGAUCAUGAGUGGGAGGAAAGCCAUGGAUGUGUCCAAGCAAACGGCCUCAAUAGUGGAUUGGGCAAUCUCUCGGAUUGAAGGGCAAAGAGUGAUGGAUAUCUGUGACCCUAGAAUUUCAUUGCCCAGUGUAGAACCCUUCAGGCACAUGGUCCACAUCGCGGGACGUUGUGUAGCAGCCAACGAAGGCUCUCGGCCAUCGGUCUCGGAAAUCGUCAUGGAGAUGGAAAGAGUUCUCCAUCAGCGAGUUCCGGUACUGACUUGGUUGAGCCAGUGGCGGAGCCUAGUUUCGUUGAAGAGGUGGCGAAAACAUGCUAGUAGAUGCAACACGAGCACUUUGGUGAAACAAGGAGCACAAAAAGGAGAGAUUCAGGGAGAUAUGCUCAGUGGGAAAGUGUAGUUUAGGAGGAGAACGAUCAUGGCAUACAUGAGAGGGGCGAGUGAGAUGGGCAAUGACUCGGGGUGAGUUGGAGAAACCGAGUUGGUCAAUGGAAAUGAAUUGGGAAAUCAACCUCACAACCUGCGGGGCAUGUAGUCCAAGCACAAGAUUCCCAAAAUAGUAGGUGGAGGCAGAAAAUAAAAAUUAAAGGGGAAGAAGCAUGGUGUCAUUCCUUGCUGAUUGAGAUAGUCCUCCUCCUCCUCCUUUGGCUUUAUUAGUAGAUUAAGGGCCGAAUUGGAGUCCUAAGGUUGGAGAUUAUUUGAUCCAUGCCUUUCGUCUCUGUCAAGAAUUUUGUAAUCUUCAUAUCAUGAAAUACUUGAAUGGUUUUGGUACCAA